AUGAAGCAAGAAGAAAAGGUUCUCAAGAUUUAUACACGUCAUAUCUUGUCAUGGGAGGACGUCUUUGAGGAUGGCAACACUGAAUGGGGAUCCAUAAACCUGGAGCACCCGGCCACGUUUGAGACAAUGGCGCUGGAGCCAGAUCUCAAGAGAACCAUUGUAGAGGAUUUGGAGAGGUUUGUGAGUAGGAGGGAGUUUUACAAGAAGGUGGGCAAGGCUUGGAAAAGAGGCUACUUGCUGUAUGGCCCCCCAGGCACGGGAAAAUCCAGCCUGAUUGCGGCCAUGGCUAAUUUUCUCAAGUUUGAUGUGUUUGAUUUGGAGCUUGCUAGCAUUCGCAGUGACUCUCAUUUGAAGAGGGUUUUGCUGUCUACCACAAACCGUUCCAUUUUGGUCAUUGAGGACAUUGACUGCUGUAAGGUGGAUGUUCAAAAACGGAAACAUGAUUCGGAUUCUGAUUCUGAUUCUGAUUCGGAUUCGGAUUUGGAAACGGAGGUAACAUGA